AUGAGCUCAAGGCAUUAUUGUCCAGAAUGUGACCAACGUUUAGGAGAUCAUACAUGGUGGUGUGAAUCUUGUCAACGAAGACAUUUUGUGGAAAAUUUUGAUAAUUGGUCUACAGGAGACAAAAGUAUUGAUGAUUUUAUUAAACAAACCCAAAUGAAUGCCAAAGAAUGUGACCAAUAUCUUGAAUGGAUCCCAUUUUCAGCUUUUAUCAAUGUCAAUAAAUCAGAAAUUUCCGAAGUUGGAACUUUAUUUACCGCAAAUUGGAUUAAAGGUCCGAAUGAUACUUGGGAUCCGGUAGAAGGUGAAUACGUUGCUAGAAGGGGUUUGCUUAAGGUCGCAUUAACUUCCCUCGGUGGUUCCCCUUCACUUUUCUUGAAGGAGCUUAAAAUGCAUUACCAUUCGCGUAUGUUUAAUGGACUUGUUAUGCGUCUUUUUGGCGUGACGCGAGAGUCAGUUACGAGUAAUCUGAUGAUGGUGGCGGAGACGGUGGAGUGGGACGUACGUCACUACGUUUCACAUCAUCACACGCGUCUUACAUGGCAAAAUAAAUUAGCCAUUUUACACACGAUCGUGAGUGCUUUAGAGAUCGUGAAAAGCGAGAAAUCGACUCAACAUACGAUAAAAUCUCAUAUUGAAAUUUCGGUUAAUGAAUUAGGUUUAGGGUUAAACCCUAAUCCUGCUGGUAGAAUGGUCGCUCCUCCUAAAAUUCACCCUCAAGCUAUUUAUACUAGUAGACUAUUAAAAUUUCCCGCCCUUCCCAUUCCAAGAAAUUCUCCAAUACCUAUUCCCAGACGAUCUCAAUCUCAUAGUGAUCAUGAUUACGGACGUACGCAGAUGAGCAAUCAAGAUUUGGCCGCCAUACUUAUUCGAGAUGAAAGUUUCUUUUCAACCGGACUACUUAUGCAAAGACGUUCAGUUUAUCCCGAAGAAGAACCAGAGUCAGAGGAUGAAGAUAUUAUAAAACAAUACGAACUUUCCAUUCCUUCUAAUUAUAGUAGCUUGGAUAAUUACGGUAGUACAAGCAGUUCCAAGAAUAUAGAACCACCAUCUAAAAGUCUCUCAAUUUUAACUGAUAAUAUGACUGAUGAACCAGAAAUCUCCGAAGAAUUAAUGCGAACGCCUAUUACAAGUUGUUUUAGCCCAACCACCUUUAAACAUAGUUAA